CCCCCUACAGAUAAAUCCCGAAAUCCCCGAGCACGGCGCUAAAAGAGAGAAAACCAACCCAAGAAAUAUAACACAACACCCCCAAACCAGAAGAAAAAAAAAACAACGAACACAAGUAAAGAAAAGAAAGGAAAAAAAAAGAGAAGAAAAUCCCCCCUACAGAUAAAUCCCGAAAUCCCCGAGCACGGCUUUCCGAAGCGCUGGCGGUCGCGGCGCGAGUUGCCGGCCGAGCCCCAGCCAUGGCGACGAGCAGGAGGAAGCAGGACGAGAAACACUUGAAGAUCCUUCGCGACCUCGGCUCCCAGGCGGCCAAUAGGACAUGCUUCGACUGCCACCAGAGAGGGACGACCUACAUCAACAUGACUGUGGGGUCGUUCGUGUGCACGUCCUGCUCGGGCAUCCUACGGGGACUAAAUCCACCUCAUCGCGUAAAAUCUAUCUCGAUGGCGAGUUUUACUCCUGAAGAAAUUGAACAAAUCAAAUCGAAGGGUAAUCAGUAUUGUCAGGCGGUUUGGCUAGGUCUCUACGAUGCCAAAGCCAACCCCUUCCCCGACACCAAAGAUGAGCAUAAAAUCAGAGACUUCAUGAUUCUCAAAUACGAGAAGAAGAGGUUUCACGUGGAGCCAAGUAUUGCUCUCAAGAACAUGCCACCCCAGACGUCAAGCGCCAACUCCUCCAAUGCCUCCACCCCCAGCAGUGAGACCUCCAACAAAGCUGGGGGAGGGGGCAUGGGGGCAGGGGGGCUGUCAUCAUCGUCAUCGUCCUCGCUAGCAGCAGCAACAACAGUGGCAGCAGGAGGAGGAGGAGGGCAAGCAGGAGGAGGAGGAGGGGGGGGAGCAGCAGCAGGGUCCACUGCCAAUGUGUCCGUUUCACGGCCAAACACCUCUUCGUCUCAGAAUGCAGCAUCGAAUGCCAGUGCUGGAGCCAAGAACCCGACAACUAAGUCCUCGGCCUUAUUUUGCUUGUUAGCGGAUCUGGAUGGUGGACAGAGUGGCAAUUCAUCUGUCAAUGCCAAUGAUCCUUUUGCCUCGCCUACGAGUGCGCAGGCACCAGCGUCCAUAUCGCAGCCUUCAUUUGCAAAUUUUGAGAAUGCGAAUAUCUUCACGAACACUGCCGGCUCGACAACUAGCAACAAAUCAACCCCCUCCGGUCCUCCUCCCUUCUCGAAUAACCCCCUGACCCCUAUGACCCCUGGUUCCUCCUCCGCCCUGCCCACAUCCUCUUCCUCUGCCAGCAGUGCAACAACAGCUCUCUCCAACAACCCUACUCAAGAUCGCUAUGCUGCAUUGAAGGACCUAGAUGAAGAGUUCAAGACACAGAAGGAAUCAGAAACUACUUCUGGUGGUGGGAGCUGGCCCGUACCUAAUGGAAACCACCAAAAUUCCUCCAGCGUGUUUGGUACUCCGUCUUCCUCCAUGAACGGGGGUGCGACAGUGUUUGGCUCUCCAGGCUCCUCUUCUGGCAGCGUUUUCGGGACGGGGUUAGUCAAUGGCAGUGGGGGUGCUGGUGGGGGCGCAGGCGGCGUCUUUGGCACACCACCUACCAACAAUGGCACCAGUUGGGCCAACUUCUCAGGGGCUAAUCCAUUCUCAGCUGCAGCAGGGAACAGCAGCAGUGCAGGUGGAGGUGGAGGCGGAUGGAUGAACGGAGGUGGAUCAUUCGGGGCAGCACCGCAGACGCAGCAGGGAUUCGGCUCAGUCGUUCAGCCAAGUCUUUUUGGGACAACCCCGGACCCAAACUUCAACCAGUUCAGCCCCAGUGGACCCAUGAAUGGGACAGCAGCGGCGGCGGCAGCUGUUACAACCAACAAUGGGGCUUGGGCCAGCUUCAGCCAGCAGCCACCACAGCAACAGCAGCCUAAUCCCAAAAUGCAGUGGAUGACCAGCAAUGGAACGGCAAACCCUUUCAUGGCUGCCCCACAGCUGCCUUCCAACGGCACCUCCUACAACCCGUUCCUGUGAGAGUCCUCUCAGCCUCCGCAAGAUCUUCCUACGACAGGGACAUGUCUGUGACACGUUUAUCUUUUGCCAAUGACCGAUGACCCCAGCCAUCUUUUCCUUGAAUACUCAGUUAAUUUAUUUUUUUUUAUUAUUUUUAUUUUUUUGUAAUUUAUGCAGUGGUGUUUUAUGGGAAAAAAAUCCAUGUUGCCAAUCACAGAUUAGUUCUCAAUGUGAAAGUAUAUAAUCAUUAUGAAGAGCAGAAAGAAUAACGAAUGAUUAUGAUAAUAAUAAAGAACAGAGAA